AUGGAGGCUGCUGUAAGCCUUUGCGGCAGCGGCAGCGGACUGCCUGCGCCGCAGUGCCGUGUCGUUACAGCGGAGGAGCUGGCUGAGGAUACUCGACGAUUUGCCGCUUUUCAGUGGGCUAUUGGCAUUGGGGAGGCGCAGCAGAUCCUGUCACGUCCAGAAGAGGAGCCUGCAGCGGCAGGUGCGGCAGCCAGCGGCGCAGCAGAGCAGCAGCAGCAACAGCAACAGCAACAGCAACAGGAAAGGCCAAACAUCAAGUUCAGGGGAUGGGAGCCUGGAUCGAAGUGGUCACCAGCGAAUAGACGUCGUAUUGCAAAGGCGCUUGGCGCUGUACUGCAAGAGCCUUGCAGAGCUGUACUUUGCCCAGUGCCGUGGCACGAAGAGGGGUGUAGCAGCAACAGCAGCAACAGCAGCCAGCAGCAGCAGAGCAGCAGCAUUAGCAGCAGCACGACUUCGGCAGUAGUGUCGCCUCUGGGCGUUAGACUGGAGGUGAAGGAUGUUGGGCUUGUUGCAGCAGCUUUGGAUGUCUGCGUCGUGAAGGAGGCUAAGGGAAGGGCCUUUGUUCCCUUCCACACGUAAGUCUUGAAUGAGUCACCCAUCCCCGUGUUUCUAACGGAUCUCUCGACGUCGGCUGUAAAAGCGUCCGUAUGCAGAGGGCCAAGAGGCGUUCCCCUAAUUGUUUACGAACGCCUUUCGUUGGACGCUUUUGCCAGAGAACUGCAACUAGGUCACAAGAAACAAAGUGUGUUGCAGUCCGCUCUGCCGCAUGCCUCGGCAAUCCGUUUUGUUCUUUGCACGUGAUGCUCCCCGUUGCGGAUCUGCGUGCGCUGCGCAGCUAUGGCUUCAAAGGCCGUUGCGGAGGCGUUGAAGCGCCUCAAAUUAGGAUGGAUUUUGCCGCUAGGGCGCUGUCGCAUGCCCUUCGAGAGCGUCACGAACCUCAAAACACGAGCAGCGCCAGGCGCCAAUACUCCUGUUGUUGCUGCUGCUGCUGCUGCUGGUCAGCAGCAACAGCAGCAGCAGCAGCAGCAGGAGAGCAGUGCCGCUGCGGCAGAAGAUGCGGGAGGGGCGUUGUCUGCAUCUGUUCCUACUCCGAAGAAGCGAGGGAGAACAAAACAGGAGCAGCAGCAGCAGCAGCAGCAGCAACAGCAGGGGCAUGCCAAGAGGCAUCAAGGGCAGCAGUCUGAAGGCAAGAGCGACAGUCCUACCGCAGCGAAACUUAAGCUGGAAGAAGGUGCAGCAGCGAACGCAGGUGCAGCCGUUUCAGCCGCUGCGGAAGACAGCACGAGCGAGGAAGAGGUCAAGCAGAAGCUCUCGAGCAACAAAAAGGGAAAGAAAGUUGCAGCGGCUGCUCCACACGCCUCGAGAUCCGCAGAUUCGCCUCAGGGGCAGCAACAACAGCACCACAUGCAGCAGCAGCAGCAACAGCCGCCUCUGCGAAUGGACUCUUCAGACGAUUCGAGCGAAGAUGAUGAGGAUGACUGA